UGGAGCCGUCGUCAUGGCGUGUAUCAACCCUGUGCCUCAGCUCUACAGAUCUGUAAUUGAAGAUGUAAUUGAAGGAGUGCGGGACUUAUUUGCGGAAGAAGGUAUAGAGGACCAAGUCUUAAAAGACUUAAAGCAGCUCUGGGAAACAAAGGUUUUGCAGUCUAAAGCAACAGAAGACUUCUUCAGAAACAGCGUCCAUUCUCCUUUGUUCACCCUUCAGUUUCCACAUGGCUUGCAGCAAACAUUGCAAUCAUCAACAGCAUCGUUAGUUAUUCCUGCUGGUAGAACUCUUCCUACUUUUACCACAACAGAAUUGGGCACCUCAAACUCCAGUGCAAACUUUAAUUUUCCAGGUUAUCCUAUUCCCGUACCAGCAGGUGUGACACUGCAGACUGCAUCUGGUCACCUCUAUAAAGUCAAUUUACCAAUUGUGGUGACGCAGACGCCUGGAAGAACAAAUAUUCUUCAGCAUCCAAUCCAGCAAGUAUUUCAGCAGCUUGGGCAAGCUCCAGUAAUACAGACAAGUGUUCCACGACUGAAUCCAUGUUUUCUUCAAGCAGCUACUGCAAAAUCACAGAGAAUGGAGACUGUGCUUCAACAACCGACAGUUCUCUAUCCUGGGAUGAUAGAUCAGAAACAUUUAGAACAUGCCACUGGUGAUAUACUUGUACCUCCUGGAAAUGAGCAUAAAAUAACAUCUGAAGCUUUACUGAGUCAGCCAGAAGGCCCUCAGUAUGUCAGUUUUCCAGGUGUUGUAUUUCCUUCACAGGUCUCUCAAACAAAUUCUACCAUAGAGCCAAUGCUCAGUGCUUCCGCUAGCAUGAUUCAAAAUCUGCAUGGAAGGCCCCUCUCCACAGACUCUCAGGUGAUUCUGCAUCAGCACAGGUCUGAUGUUCUUAAAAAUAGGAGCUUUGGAUGUGAUUCUGUAAAGCAGUCAAGAAACACUGAGGAAGCCAGCACCCUACCUGUCUCAGAGAAGAAUUCUAAUUCUCAGAGGGAUUUAAACAUUCAAGUAGCUGAUGAAGAUGAUGAUGUUAAUGAAAUAAUUCAAAUAGAUGGAACCGGGGAUACAUCAUACAAUGAUGAAAUAGGAAGUGCAAAAGAUAUAGAUGAGAAUGAAUUUCUUGGGACUGUUGAUUCAGGAGUCCUGAAAGUACUUGAAGAAGAAGCUGAUAGUAUAUCAAAUGAAGAUUCGACAGUCAACUGUAGCGAUAAUGAAGACCCUCAGGUAGACAUUGUGGAAGAGGACCCUUUAAAUUCUGGAGAUGAUGUUAGUGAGCAGGAUGUACCAGACCUGUUUGACACAGAUAAUGUAAUCGUCUGUCAGUACGACAAGAUUCAUCGAAGCAAGAAUAAAUGGAAAUUCUAUUUGAAAGAUGGUAUUAUGUGUUUUGGAGGGAGAGACUAUGUAUUUGCAAAGGCCAUUGGUGAUGCAGAGUGGUAAAAUGUAUGAGUUCAAUAAAUCAUAAGCAUCAUUACAACUAUAUAAUGUAUUAUAAAACAUUUUUAUUUCAAAUAUAGUCCAGCACAGAGUUGCUCAAACUUUUAGUUCACUGUAUGAAAUUUAAUAAAACUAUAUCAGAUGCAGAUACAAAAGUACAA